AUGUUCCGUGAAACUGUGGAUGCAGGGCCCCGUGUCCCUUGCUCCCGCUUCCUGGUCGAUGAUAUCUGCCUGAAUGACCCUGAUGCAGUUUACCAUCACCUAGGGAAUAACAGGAAAUACGGCCGAAUAAGGAUGGCGCUUCCAUGGGAGUCCCAGAAGGCCAGGCAACUAGAAUCACCAUGCAGCCAGGAAUCUCACCAAACCGAGAAAAUAGAAAAAUUCACACACAAUCUGCCUCCUAGUCUGGAAUCAACUCCUAGUUAUGUACUAGUACCAAUGGCGUUCAGGCCGUUUUCCAGCUCGAUAUUUGAAACCCUAAGAUGGAACCAAGUCCAUCAGCUCCCACGAACGCCUAUUUUGAUUUACCUCGAUCUGUCCUCCGCGGAUCUUGAUCAAUCGGGCACCGUAUCCCCGAAUUCCGAAAUUCGGUGGUUGGUUGGUGUGGGUAGCGUGCAUGGAACUGCCUCAGCCCUCUGUCAGUACCGAGCCAGCGAAAACUCUUAUCAGAGUUCUUAUACAGAUCUGAUCCAGCAGGAGGGAAAUACGAGUGCCCCCAAAUUCCGAAGCCAACCCAGCCGAUCCGGUUUUGCCUGUAAAUAA